GGAGGAGGAGGGCCUCCAGGAGGAGGCAACGACUGUAAGAUGGUGGACCUCCACGGGGUGAAGGUGGCCUCGUUCCUGGUGGAGGGGCAGGAGCUCAUCUGCCUGCCCCAGGUGUUCGACCUCUUCCUGAAGCACCUGGUCGGGGGCCUGCACACGGUUUACACAAAGCUCAAGCGCCUGGAUAUAGCGCCGGUGGUGUGCACGGUGGAGCAGGUGCGAGUCCUGCGGGGGCUGGGGGCCAUCCAGCCCGGCGUCAACCGCUGCAAGCUCAUCACCAGGAAGGACUUCGAAACUUUGUACAACGACUGCACCAACGCCAGCAGGAGAAAGGAAAUAAACAAAGGUUUGGCUGCUUGCAGAAGAAAAAUGCAGAAAUCAAUGGAUUCAAGGAGGUGGGCUUUAGAAAACUCCAGACCGGGAAGACCCCCAAAGCGCUCCCUGGGAGUGGCCAUCCAAGAAAACGCACGUCUUCUGCCCCACGGAGUUCCCGGACUCUUGUCUCCUGGCCUCAUCUCCCCUACAGAUUUAAGAACUUUCUUUUUGCCUGAUGAAAGCCAGAUAAAGCUUGCAAAGCUCAAGACUCUUCAAAUUCAAGGUCUGACGGCGGCGGCCAUGGCGGAGGCCAUGAAAUUGCAGAAGAUGAAACUCAUGGCCAUGAACAGUCUCCACGGCGGCGGGAGCCAGAACGGGACCGAAUCUGAAAAUGAAGAGCUCAAUUCCAACGCAGGUGGGAGUGAAUCUUCCUGGGAUAAGGAAAAGCUUCAGUCUCCUAUAACUGCAGGAUCCCAGCAUGGGGUUGGCCACCCCAGCCUGUCAGGACAGCACAGCCUUGGAAGCACCCACUCUCUCAGCCCCCUCCAGCAAAACCACCUGCUAACCAACAGGCUCGAUCUGCCGUUUAUGAUGAUGCCCCAUCCCCUUCUUCCAGUCAGCCUACCUCCCGCAUCGGUUGCUAUGGCAAUGAACCAGAUGAACCACCUCAAUACUAUAGCCAACAUGGCAGCGGCGGCCCAGAUACACAGCCCUCUCUCCAGAGCGGGGGCCUCCGUGAUCAAGGAGCGGAUUCAGGACAGCCCAUCCCCGGCUCCUUCUCUGGAAGACAACCACCGGCCCGGGAGUCAGGCCUCUUCACAUCAGAGCAGCAGCGUCUCCAGUUCUCCUUCCCAGCUAGACAACACCCCGGAUAGAAUCGCUCUGCUGUCCAAUCCCAGAGAAGGAGAGCUUCCUGACCAGGAUUCUGCUGGACCCAAUCUAAAAAAACUCCAGAAGGAUAAAGAAGAAGUGCAGAUCGCCAUCCCGAUCAUGAAGCCGACCUUAGAGAAAGUCCAGCUGGCGGGGCAGACCUUGCCCCCAGGAUUCCCGGCUCCCUUUCUCUUUGCUGACGGCCUGUCGUCGGUAGAGACGCUUCUCACCAACAUUCAGGGCCUGCUGAAAGUGGCCGUGGAUAAUGCCAGGGUCCAGGAAAAACAGAUCCAGCAGGAAAAGAAGGAAUUGAAAAUGGAGCUGUGUAGAGAGAGGGAGCUGAGGGAGAGCCUGGAAAGGCAGCUUACUGCUGAGCUACAGAGCAGAGCAACAAUUCAAAAGCGCUUGAAGAAAGAGAAAAAAGCCAAAAGAAAAUUGCAGGAAGCCCUGGAGUUUGAAUCUAAGAGAAGAGAGCAAGUGGAGCAGGCCCUUAAGCAGGCUACCUCCGGAGAAGGGCUCAGGAUGCUAAAUGAUGCUGGAAUCCCAGAGAUGGAAAUAGAACACAAUGGGACUCAACACAACAGCGCAACCACGCAAGAAAACAGAACAUACAUCAAACCCACUAUUAUGUACUGAAGGAAAAUGCCUGUUGUGGAAAACUAUUUACCACCCAUUAUCUGAAGACUGUAUAGUUCACGAGAGAAGUCCCUUCCGACCUUGGAUGCCUUCAGUGCUGUGUGAAGAGAACGGAAUGUGUAGCAUGCAACCCGAAGGGCAAUUUCAAGCAAGCUAAACUGUUGCUGCGUCGAAAACUGCCGUAUUGUCAUUAAGAAACUGUAAGACUUUUUACAAGCUUUCCCAUACCAAACCAAGCCUGUCUCUCCAAAUCAUUUUUAGGCCCCAGAAGAUAGAGGUUUUAGUAUUUUUAAGCACAUACUGGAAAGAAUUCCCCACAAUAACUAACUUUUUUUUUUUUAAAGGAGGUAGCUAUUACUGUAUAGCAAUAGCACAAACAAUCUUAUUAGGCCGCAAAGGUCCCUGCUGGCUUGACACAAGACUGAGAGAUCAGACGAAUCCAGUUUGUCACUGAAACUGCCCAAAACGGAGCUGUUUCAACUGUGUUUAUAAAUUAAGCUUUGUUUACUGAAGCUGAUAUUCAAUAUAUAUUACGUUUUGAAGAGAAAUGUGUGUACAUUUUUUAAAACAAUGAUGUAAAAAUCGUCCUUUCAUUAGAUGACCAAUUCAAGAAUGUGAGCUAAACCCCGAUAGCUGAAGUAAUUAAUAUGAGGAUUAUUAUAAUUGAUGCUUUUUUUUUUAAUGCUCAGUUCAGUGUGGCUUUUGGUCUAUUAAGAUGACAAAAAAAAUGGAUAUGCAGUAGAGUGUUAGAGAAUAGAAACUUUUAAGUAUGGUUUCUCUGUUGUACCAUAUUAAGUUAAAGUACACCUUCUUUGUUAAAAUGUUCUUGCUAAAAUACAGUAUUAAAGACUUUUUGUUUGACUUUGGAAA